UUUCAGUAUGACUGACCGUUUCAUUAGCGAAAAGGAUUUGGAUGAAGUAAAGAAACGGCGGCAGGAAGAGUGGCAGAAAGUCAGAAAACCUACUGAUCCAGAAGAAGUCCCAGAGGAAGAAAUUGACAAUAGGCCUUUAUAUGAUCGUUUAAAAGAAGUUCGUGAUCGGAAGCAAGCAGAGUACGAAGAAGAGCAUAGAUUUAGGAAUAUGAUUAGAGGACUUGAUUCGGAUGAAUGUGAUUUUCUUUCCGAAGUUGAAAGUCUUAGAGCCAAGCAAGAUCUCGAGAAAAAUAAGGAAGAGAAAGCGCUUUUGAGCGAAAUUGACCGUGCUCAAGCACGUAGAAACGUAGAAGAAAAUGGACCAUCGGUAUCAGAUUUACGUAUAAAACCAAUUGGCGGCGUAGCGCCAAAAGAAAAUAAGCAGGCUGCGAUACUUCGUAUGGCGGUUAAAAGAAAAAGUGAUAUUGGAAUGGACAGAUGCGUUGAGAAGCGACCGUUGCUAAGUGCAAUGUCAGAGACUGUAGCCUUUCCAUCUGCCUUUAAAAUAAUUGAUGUUCUUCCUGGAAUGGCGGAUUAUGCAUCUUCAAAUAAUUCAAAUUCGGGUUCGAAUUACGAUAGUGAUUCGGAUAGUUCCAGUGAUUUACCUAUUUUGCCAAUGCUGAUCCCAAGUGAAAAUGACAGAAAUAAACAGAGUUGAGAGACUAGGAGUUACCAAUGAUGCAUGAAGGAUGGAGCCGUGGAGGUCGGCUACCCCUUGCAGUGUGGCGCGUUCGUUGACUUCUGAACGAGCUAAUCGAAGGUGAACGUUUUGAAGUGAUGGAUCUAGCGUAAUAUUUUUUCUAUUGAAGUGCUAGAUUUCUCGAGGUGUUUGCAUAAUUUAUAUUUCUUGAACAUAUUUAAGGCCUAUUAUCGGUUUUUCAGCAUAUAUGAGGGGAGCAUCUAAUAUUUGCCAAAUACGAGUGAGUACCUUUUAUACAAUAAUAAAUUAUCGAUGCAC